AGUUUAGGAGACUGAGAGAUCUUGGAUUCAACUGACAGGAUGACAUUUACAGUGUUAUCUUUUGUGUUCCUGUUCUGUGGCUUGACUUUGGCCCAGGAUGAUGCUAAUGCUAAUGACAUAGAAAUAAAUGGUCAAAUGCAGUCUGUCUGCUCACCUGACAUGUGCGAUCUUCUAAUUAAGUUUGGUGCCAUGGGAGAAAAACUGCAAGUUAUUGAAACCAGACUGAAGGAGACUGAAACCAAACAGAAGGAGAGUGAUGCCAAACUGAAGGAGACGGAAACCAGACUGCAGGACAGUGAAAUCAAACUGAAGGAGACUGAAACCAGACUAAACAACAGUGAAAACCGGCUCAGGAACAGUGAAAACCAGAUUAUGGAUCUGAUAAAUAAAGAGAGAACCAAGGUAAUAUUCAGUGCAGCAGCAGGUGGCAGCGGAGACAUCGGACCAUUUAACACAGCCACGACUUUGAUCUACAGAGCAGUGAUAACAAACAUCGGUGGUGCCUACAGUCAAUAUACAGGUAUCUUCACUGCACCAGUGGCAGGCGCUUAUUACUUUACCAUCUUCUAUCAUUCUGGUGGAAAGUAUCAGGGAAAGCUUCUCUUGUUCAAAAACAACGAGCUGAUGGUCAUGACCCAUGAUCAUCAGUCAGACGUUGAUACAGCUGAUAAUGGAGGAAACGCAGUGUUCCUGCAGCUGCAGCGAGGUGACCACGUGUACGUCCGUUUGGAUGAGAACUGUUAUGUUUGGGGAUAUGAGCACCAUACAACUUUUAGUGGUUUUCUGGUCAGUCAAAUAUGAGAAUGGACAAAUAAUGUACCAAUUUAUUUUAAUACAGAAUCAAUACUUAGAUCUAAAGAUACCUUCAAACACUUCACAUCAAUAAUACAUUUGUGACCAUCAGAAUUUAAAUUCAGUUACUCAUUUUGUAAAUCCAGAGAAAUAAUUCACUUGUAAUGCAAUGGAUCAUCUUUUAUUUACUGCAUUGUGUCAUGAAGCUGACAGUUUUGUCUCAUAAACAGAUUUAAAGCAGAUAAAAGCUGAACCCAGAAUAUUGUUUGUUUGUAGGAAGUUGAACAAAAGUGUCACUAAAUUCUGACAUUUGAACACUGGAUGGAUUAAAUUUCAUGCACCUACAUGUUCUGUAAUAGUUUACUGCUGUAUGUCAUGAAUCAUAUCAGUAAUCUGCACAGUGUGUAUUUGUCUGCCUAUAAUCCAUUGAUAUUGAUAUUCUACUGUACAACCAAAACAAAUAAAUACACUGAAAAACUCAUACUUUUUGUUGUUUAAUUGUGU